AUGAGCACGAGAUUGAGAACAAAAUUGGAACCAAAUGAUAUUAUCAAGAGAUCGAAAACUGAUUUUAAUUGGAAAGUUAUCGUACAACUCGGAGUUGGUGGUUUUGGUACGGUCAACAAAGUAAUCCAGAUCAAUGAGGCAGGAGUUCCGAUUAAUGAUAAGGAAUUCGCCAUGAAGACCGAGUUGAAAUGUGCCAAAAAGCAGGCAAGUCGUCUGAAAAUUGAGAGAAAUGUGAUGGCGUCGUUUGCAAAAUGUGCUCCGGCUUGCAAGGAACACUUUCCAGAAUUGAUUGAUCUUGGACAGACUCUGGAAUUGAAGGCAAUCCACGACUUCCAUAUUCUGGGAUUCUUGCAUCGGGACAUCAAACCAGCCAACUACUGUAUAGGAGCCGGAGCCAAACGAGAGCUCAUUUACAUUUUGGAUUUCGGGCUCGCCAGAAAAUAUCGUCAAAAAAAUGGACAAGUAAGAGCUCCGAGGAAUAAGACGAAGAUGAUUGGAACGCCAAGAUACUGUCCAAGAGCAUCACAUCGAAUGGAGGAAUUGGCGAGAAAGGAUGAUUUUGAAAGCUGGUAUUUCAUGCUUCUGGAUUUCAUGGAUGGCGACAAAGGAGUACCAUGGAAAGGACAGCCAAGAGAGACGGCGUACGCACUGAAGAGAAAAGUUUUCGACGAACCCAAAUGGAUAUCCACCGUCUCUCGUGUUCCUGCUGAAUUCGGAAUCAUGGCUGAGUAUCUGAAUAGUUUGUUAUUCAACUCGGAAGUCGAAUUUGGAGUGUUCCGUGAAGCCAUCACAGACUACGCUCGUGGUUGCAAUUUGACACUAAAAGAACCACUUGAUUGGAUGAGUGAAAUGAAGAGUUUGGAUACUACUUCCACGAGUACAACAAUGCCUUCAACUAGCACACUUCCAUCUACUAGUAGUACAAUGCCAUCUUCCAAAAUUGGAUCAUCUGACGACAAUCGAUCGAUAUUCUCGGAGAAAGCCGAAGAGAGUUCAAUCGAUCGGAGUCGUACUGGAAGUCGAAGUAGUCUUAAUCCAAGAGGGGCUUCGUGUCUUCGAGGAGCAACUGCGAGGCUAGACUACAAGGACAGUUUCCAGGAUGUGGACCGAGGAUUGAGACGCCGCGUCCGAAAUAUGGAAUACCAAAAUGAAGGGUUCCCGUCAGCACCAACGGCUGAUCCAGACUUUGAUCUGAAAAGAAUAUUAUGGAACGAUUCCGAUGAGGAGAAGUCUACAUUUACAACCAGUAACGAAUCAAUCGACGUUUCGGAUAUUAGAACUUCGUGA